GAGCAUUGAAGAAAUAUGGAAGGGGCCAACCUGAGCCGAGGGACUGAGUUUGAGCUUUUGGGGCUCACCAGUGACCCCUGGCUCCAGAAGCUGCUCUUCGUGGUGUUCCUGGGCAUGUACACUAUCACACUGCUGGGGAAUCUAAUCAUGUUUCUUCUGAUCCAUGUAAGUACCACGCUGCACACACCCAUGUACUCCCUCCUGAAGAGCCUCUCCUUCUUGGAUUUCUGCUACUCCUCCACGGUUGUCCCCCAGACUCUGGUGAACUUCUUGGCCAAGAGGAAGGUGAUCACCUAUCUUGGCUGUGUGGUUCAGAUGUUUUUCUAUGCGGGUUUUGCCACCAGUGAAUGCUAUCUCAUUGCUGCCAUGGCCUAUGACCGCUAUGCGGCUGUUUGUAACCCCCUGCUCUACCCAAUUGCCAUGUCUCCUACGGUCUGUGCCUCUCUGAUUGUGGGAUCCUAUGGUGCAGGAUUUCUUAAUUCUCUGAUCCACACAAGCUGUAUUUUUAGUCUGAAAUUCUGUGGUACUCACGUGGUCACUCACUUCUUCUGUGAUGGACCACCCAUCCUGUCUCUGUCUUGUGUGGACACCUCACUGUGUGAAAUCUUGCUCUUCAUUUUUGCUGGUUUCAACCUUUUGAGCUGUACCCUCACCAUCUUGGUCUCCUACCUCUUAAUUCUCAUCACCAUCCUGAGAAUGAACUCAGCCCAGGGCAGAUUCAAGGCCUUUUCCACCUGUGCUUCCCACUUCACUGCUUUGUGCCUCUUCUAUGGCACAACACUUUUCAUGUACCUGCGCCCCAGGUCCAGCUACUCCCUGACCCAAGACCGCACAGUUGCUGUGAUCUACACAGUGGUGAUCCCACUGCUCAACCCCCUUAUCUACUCUUUGAGAAACAAGGAUGUGAAAGAAGCUUUAAGAAAGGUUUGGGAAAGAAAAAUAAUGGAAUGAUCUUCUUAAUUCAUCACCACAUAUCUUUAGAAAGCUGAGGGAACUUUAUCCCAUGCUCAGCUCUAUUCAUAGGAGGCACUCUCUGGUCUGCAGGGGCCUCUGCAUCUACUGCCACAGAAAGAACGGAUCAUGUCAUAGAGACUAAAAAGAAGUAAGGAAUGUCUGCUAGUUGCAUAAUUGGACCCACUGGAAAUAUUUAGGCAUGCCUUUAUUCAGAUGUUUCUUUCAUGUUUCCAUGUGUGUGAAUAUUUUUUAUUACAAACUGACAUUUAUAUUCUUCACAAUGAAGUUCUCCCCUUAAAUACCUUGAAGACCUUCACUGCUUGGGGGAAAUCCUUCCUUAUUUACAAUCACCUCUUUGUAAAAACUGACUCCUUGACUUUAACAUUUUUUAAAUUGUCUAAUUAUUUGAAUAAUACUGUAACAAUUUCAGAAGCUCAGAUGAUAUUCUCUUUAUUGACUUUUUUCCUGGACAAGUAACUACUUAGUUGCUUCUAAACUGAAUGAACUUAGGCAAGUUACUUAGUUUUUCUGAGUCUCAGAUAUCUCAUCUUUUAACUGGUGUGAGUUUUAGGUGUUCAGUUAGAUAUUACAGGUAAAUCAUUUAGUACAUGAUAGACAUUCCUGGACUUCCCUGGUGGCCCAGUGGUUAAGUCUCCAUGCGUCCACUGCAGGGUGCACAAGUUUGAUCCCUGGUCGAGAAACUAAGACCCUGCGUGUCUCAUGCUCCACCUUUUCCUUUCUAUCGGCCCCUGUGCAUGCUCAGUUGCUUCAGCUGUAUCUGAUUCUUUGCGAUUCCAUGGACUGUAGCCCGCUAGAC